GGGUAUUUACACCACCCUUCGUUGUCCAGCCACAGCGCGCCGCCCGCCACGCGCGCCACAACAAACCGCUAAAGCACAGCGCAGCUUAGUAGAGGAGCCCGCCAUCGCCGCCGUCAGUGCAACCCAACGUGAGCAAGUUAUGCCGCCUUGUGUCUCUCGCCAUCCACAGCUUCUCCGCACGCGCCUCGUCUUUACAAAGCCACUCACCUCCUCUUCUCUCCUCUCCUCUACACAUAGCUAAGAAAAACAAACUUCUACCGUAACCACCGAAAAUGGACCACUCCGCCAUGGACCACUCUGGCCACGGCGGCAUGCCAGGCAUGGACGACAUGUGCAGCAUGAGCAUGCUGUUUACCUGGGACACCAAGAAUCUCUGCAUUGUCUUCCGCCAAUGGCACAUCCGCUCCACGCUCUCCCUCAUCAUCUCGCUGCUUGCCAUUGUCCUCAUCGGCGUUGGCUACGAAGCCUUGCGCGCCCUGUCGCGAUCCUACGAGACCGCCUCCAACCAGCGCAUCCAGAGCCUCCCUAGUGAGUACCAAACCUCCUUUCUAUUCCCUAUUGUGAUUUGCGUCUUUGUCUCUUUUGCGUUGUGGGACGGACAGCUGUCUGUGCUCGUUUUUCUUUUAUGUCGUCUUCUUUCUGCAUCUCCCGUUGGAUUGCAAGCGCCUAAAAAUAAGGAACAAACAUGACUUGGAAUAUGCUCAAGAGACUUACGUGUAUGACAAUCGAGACGACAACGAACGCCUUACUGAGACAACCCCCUUCCUCGCACCAGGACAACUUGCAGAGGAGGCCAGCCGCAAGAACCACUAUACCAAGGCUGCCAUCUACGCUCUGCAAAACUUUUACGCCUUUAUGCUCAUGCUUGUCUUUAUGACAUACAACGGUUGGGUCAUGAUUGCGGUUACGCUCGGCGCAUUUAUUGGAUAUGUCCUCUUUGGCCACACGACAUCGUCUACCAAGGACAACGCGUGCCAUUAGUAGGUAUAAGAUCGGGGUAGAGUGGAGAACCAUGAGCAGCAUGUAGCUCUUAUGUCAAGAGCGCGCGAUGCAUUGCAAUGAGCCAUCUAUUAGUUACGCAGUAGUAGUCGAUACAGGAAAGUCAAUACCCAAGAAGCGUCCUGUGAAGGUCGCGCAAAUUUACAAACAAAAAACGAAAGCGCCUCUACAAAUGUGAAAUAUGAAACGAAUCGACAGUCUAAAUCUUGGAAGGCUCAGGGUCUUCAGUGAACGCUCCGUCAGCGUCAGCUUUCAGAAUAAUGUCCGUAUCGCCAUAGGUGCUGUUGUGCUCAAUUUCGGGUUCUUCGUUGUAUGCAAUUCUUGCAGCGUCAACUAAGACUCUACCAGUCAUGCCCCAAACACGGAAACGGCCUUCGAGGUCUUCAAUAUCCCCUUGCUCCUCGCUACUCUGCUCGCUGUCCCGUCGAGGAGUCGAUACCUUUUGGUUGUUGACGGGAACAAAAAAGUUGUGAGAGCGCCAGCGCGUCUCUUUCCAAUCAAGCCAUUGGCCCUCAUACCAGUCGCCUGGUGGCAGAACAUGGCCCGGCUGGGGAGGCAGGUCGGCCUGCUUGAGAAAGUUGUAGAAUGGGGCACUGAAGACGGCGGCGACUUCACGAGCAUCGAGGCGAGGCACGAGGCUAUCCUCUACUGUAGCAGUAGAUUUGCCCUCAUCAGCGUGUAAAAAGGCAACACAGGGAGUCACGACUAGAUGUGUUCUGGCGAGGACUGGAGGGAGAUGGCAUAGCUCCUCUAUACGGAAGGGUUUCGGGAAACGCAAAUCGUCCAUGGGGAGACCGAUUUCUUCGUACGCUUCUCGCCUUGCGAUUUGAUCUAUGCGCACCCAUCAUUAGCAAUCAAUACUGCGCACACAAGCUUUGUUCAACUCACAAGGUGUCUCUGCGGUGCUGUCCGCCUUGCCACCGGGAAGUGCGGCAUGGCCCGAAAAGCUGCGCAAGUUGGCAGCUCGCAUAGUGAUGACGACGCGCAAGUCGCCCCAUCUAUCAGCGUACAAUAGGAUCAAGACGGCCGCUCUCUUGCGGACGGGAAGCUUGUCCCAUAGCGGGAAGGUUGGUGGUCUGUAUGCGCGCAGACGGUUGAUGGCGGCCUUGCGGAACAUGUAAGCUAUGGGUAUUCACAAUGAAGAAGCACAUUUAGUAAGUGUGGCAACGUACCAACGAGAAAGGAUUUAAGCCGGCCAUGGUAUCAGCAUCGUAGUAGGACGACGCGUCUAGAGGGAGCACUUCGCCGAGGGCCGAUGCAGUGUGCGGCAGGUCGGAGUCUAGAUCGGCGUGGCUGCUGUCGGUGCUUGUGACGGGCGGUGAUGCUGCUGCAGUAGUCUCUGAAUCUGCUAUAGCCGCCUCGCCCAUAUCAGCACAGCCCGUCGGUACAACAGGCUUUUAUAUGCAGGGCAAAGAAAUAGGUGAUGGUGUGGUAGUAUGUAAGGCGCGCGGGCUAAGUUGGCUCCGAAGGAUUUCACUCUAGCGGGGUUAAACAGGUAGCGAUGUAAUUGGCCAGAGAGACAAGACUGGUUAAAACAGUAGAGUAAAGCGAACGAUUGUACAAAGGCAGCUUUAAAAAGGAGCAAUGUACUGAAAAAGACCAGAUUGUACGCGUGCACAACUCGGAAUAUGCGGGUAUGCAGUGGGCAAAGCCUCGGCUCUAG